CACUAUACCGACUCCAAUAAAGGGUUCUACGAAUAUUACUGGGUUCCCUUCGUGCUCUAGGCGAGAAAAAGGGCGUAUUCUCUCUCGCUUCCUUGUUCGAAGUUGUCUCGAGCCAUCUCGGUCUUGGUUUAUGAGCUCGAAGGAGAAACCCACUCUAGGUGGCACGCGGAUAAAGACCCGCAAACGGAAUAUCACUGCUCCUUUGGACCCUGCAGCUUUUGCAGAUGCAGUGGUCCAGAUAUAUCUGGAGAAUGCUGGUGAUCUGGAACUUGUUGCAAAGAAUGUUGAAUCUUCCGAUCUUAACUUCUCAAGAUACGGUGACACCUUUUUCGAGGUUGUCUUCACGGGUGGCCGGACACAACCUGGUACAAUAAAACCGGAUGAAGGAGAGAGGCAUCCUUACUCAGUUCUAGAUUGCCAUCCUAAACGUGAAGCUAUCUUGCCUUCUGUUCUCUACAUACAGAAAAUCUUGCGGCGAAGGCCCUUUUUAAUUAAAAAUCUUGAAAAUGUUAUGCGAAAGUUUCUGCAGUCCUUGGAGCUCUUUGAGGAGAAUGAAAGGAAGAAGCUUGCUAUUUUUACAGCCCUUACAUUUUCUCAGAAGCUAUCAGGUCUUCCGCCUGAGACGGUUUUCCAGCCAUUGCUCAAGGACAAUCUUGUGGCAAAGGGGCUAGUUCUUUCAUUUAUUACUGAUUUCUUCAAGGAAUAUUUGGUGGAUAACAGUUUAGAUGAUCUUAUAUCAAUUUUGAAGCGAGGUAAAAUGGAGGACAAUCUCCUUGAUUUUUUUCCUAGUGCAAGACGCUCUGCUGAAUGCUUUUCUGAGCAUUUCACCAAAGAAGGAUUAUUAGCUCUUGUUGAGUAUCAUGAGAAGAAAAUAUUCGAGGUGAAGCUGAAAGAAAUGAAAUCAGCUCUGACAACUCAGAUUGCAGAAGAAACUGAUAUAUCUGAAGUUAUAGAGACUGCAAAACAGCGUGUUAAAGAUGCUAAUUUGCCUGAUGUUGAAGUUGUGCGCAUUCUGUGGGAUGGGCUAAUGGAUGCUGUUCAGUGGUCUGGUAAAAACCAGCAGCAGAAUGCAAAUGCGGCUCUUCGCCAGGUGAAAACAUGGGCUGGGCUUCUGAAUGCUUUCUGUACUAGUGGGAAACUGGAACUAGAACUGAUGUACAAGGUCCAAAUCCAGUGCUAUGAGGAUGCCAAACUGUUGAAACUAUUUCCAGAAAUUAUAAGGUCCCUUUAUGAACUAGAUGUACUUGCUGAGGAUACAAUUCUUCUUUGGUUUCGGAAAGGUGCAAAUCCGAAGGGCAGGCAAACUUUCGUAAAAGCCCUGGAGCCGUUUGUUAACUGGCUUGAGGAAGCCGAAGAGGAAGAAUGAAACGGUGGUGGAAGCUGCAUCGAAUGUUGCUUGAAACUGACUAGUAAUUUUUAUUUACAUAUUUCUCCAUACAAGUAAAUCAUAAUCGAUGCAUCAAAUGCUGCUUGAUAUCGACUGGUAACUGUUAUUUGCAUGUUUCACCAUGUACGAGUAAACCAUAAUCUGUGUGCAAACAUCUAUGAGAUGUUAAAAAUCUAUUCCAUCUUGUUA